GGAGGGGAGGAAUGUUCUGUUUAUUUUCUGUGCGAGCGAGACAACUGUUGUUAGCAUCUCCCGCUGCGCUCACAUGCGGACAUUUAUCGCCAGCGGAGCCCAAACACGACCCUGGGGGAUCAUAAAACCCCAGAACAGAGUGGCCUGACCGCGGAGGACCGUCACAGAAAGAAGGUUUCUGGCACUGCGCUUGUAUCGACUCUUAACGCGGUCUCUGGCACAGGCACAUAUACUGGAGCGAGAGAGAGACAGAGCGAGAGAGAGAAACUCCCCAAGGCUGAAAUCUAAGGAGCAGGAUGUCCAUCACUAACACACCCACCAGCAACGACGCUUGCCUGAGCAUCGUCCACAGCCUGAUGUGCCACCGACAAGGGGGGGAGAGCGAGAGCUUCGCCAAGCGAGCCAUCGAGAGCCUCGUCAAGAAGCUGAAGGAGAAGAAAGACGAGCUGGAUUCGCUCAUCACGGCCAUCACCACCAACGGGGCGCAUCCCAGCAAGUGUGUAACCAUACAGCGGACUUUGGAUGGUCGCCUACAGGUUGCUGGUCGUAAAGGAUUCCCCCAUGUGGUUUAUGCGCGACUGUGGCGGUGGCCCGAUCUACACAAGAACGAACUAAAACAUGUCAAAUAUUGCCAGUAUGCCUUUGACCUCAAAUGUGACAAUGUUUGUGUCAACCCAUACCACUAUGAAAGAGUGGUCUCACCAGGCAUCGACCUAUCAGGACUGACACUCUCAAGCUCAGGUCCUCUCAUGGUGAAGGACGAGUAUGACUACGACAACCAGCAGUCUCACCCCAGCUCUGAAAGCCACCUGCAGACCAUCCAGCAUCCUCCAUCCAGGCCCGGCCCACAGGAAACCUUCAGCAGCCCAGCGUUACUCCCUCCACCCGAGGGCAGCAGCUCGGCUUCCACGUCCGCCUUCUCCUCUAUCAGCGCCGGACCCUCAAAUUCCAACCCCAACUGGAGCAGAAACAGCAGCUUCACCCCUGCGGUGCCUCCGCAUCAAAAUGGACAUCUACAGCACCAUACACCCAUGUCUCACACGGGACAUUAUUGGCCUGUUGGCAAUGAAAUAGCAUUCCAGCCCCCUAUAUCCAACCACCCAGCUCCAGAAUAUUGGUGCUCAAUUGCGUACUUUGAGAUGGACGUCCAAGUCGGUGAGACGUUUAAGGUGCCCUCCACGUGCCCGAUAGUGACCGUGGACGGCUACGUGGACCCCUCUGGAGGCGAUCGCUUCUGUCUGGGUCAACUGAGCAACGUCCACAGGACGGAGAACAUAGAGAGGGCCAGGCUUCAUAUUGGCAAAGGCGUGCAGUUGGAGUGCAAAGGUGAAGGAGACGUGUGGGUGCGCUGUUUGAGUGACCAUGCAGUGUUUGUGCAGAGUUAUUACCUGGACAGAGAGGCGGGACGGGCACCCGGGGACGCCGUCCACAAGAUCUAUCCCAGCGCUUACAUCAAGGUCUUCGACCUGCGUCAGUGCCACAGGCAAAUGCAGCAGCAGGCAGCCACAGCUCAAGCGGCUGCUGCGGCUCAGGCAGCAGCGGUGGCCGGGAACAUCCCCGGGCCUGGCUCCGUGGGCGGCAUUGCUCCGGCCAUCAGUCUGUCUGCGGCCGCAGGCAUCGGCGUCGACGACCUUCGCCGGCUGUGCAUCCUGCGCAUGAGCUUUGUGAAGGGCUGGGGGCCCGACUACCCCCGCCAAAGCAUCAAAGAGACGCCCUGCUGGAUCGAGAUCCAUCUACACCGUGCACUGCAGCUCCUGGACGAGGUCCUGCACACCAUGCCCAUCGCCGACCCACAGCCUCUCGACUGAGUCUCAAGACGUGAGCUUGUCCAAAAACUUUUUUUUUUUAAAUGACGGCACUCUCCUGGGAGGGCAGAGGAGAGGACUGCACAGCCACAGGGACAACAAGAGCUGGGCCAGGCGGUAUGAUUAGAAGCGAGGACACUAUAUAGCCCGGUUAAGCUUACCGAGUGGGAACGCGUGGCUGCAGUACACUGACAACCAGUAUUUUUUCUCUAUGUGGGACAUCUCUCAAAAACAAACGCGUCAAUGCUAGGGCUAGGCGAUAUGGCAAGAAAAAAAAUCUAGAUUUUAUUUUUUUUUAAUUAAAGCUGAUUGUCCUGUGCAGGAUUAUACAGAGUACCGUAUCCCAACUGUUUGCUACUGCAGUAUCUUGUAACAAACAUUUCCACCAUGUUUGUUUGAGGUAAUACAUGCUAACAGCUGUCAUUUUGUUCAUAUCUAUAUUUGUGUUUACUGGAGGUGCAGCAGUACAGGUAACCCCGGCUAAGGUCCGUACCUGGUCUUAGAGUCACGGUUUGAUUCUUUUUCGGUACGUUUUGUGGGGGUAAUGAGAACAACUUUUUCGCCUCUCAAAAGUUACUUUGUUUUUUUGCUCAUCAUCACAAACAUUCUGCAGUAAACAAAGUAUACUUGGUGUAGUGAACACUAAGACUUGUAUUUCAAGUUAACAUUUACUAAACAACACUUUCAAAUGGUAAAUUACUAUUUGUAUUCUUUAAUUACUUGUAUACAUCAGUACUUCUCAAGCACUGAUGUACAAACCCUGUUUCCAUAUGAGUUGGGAAAUGGUGUUAGAUGUAAAUAUAAACGGAAUACAAUGAUUUGCAAAUCAUUUUCAACCCAUAUUCAAUUGAAUGCACUACAAAGACAAGAUAUUUGAUGUUCAAAAUCAUAAACUUUAUUUAUUUUUUUGCAAAUAAUAAUUAACUUAGAAUUUCAUGGCUGCAACACGUGCCAAAGUAGUUGGGAAAGGGCAUGUUCACCACUGUGUUACAUGGCCUUUCCUUUUAACAACACUCAGUAAACGUUUGGGAACUGAGGAGACACAUUUUUGAAGCUUCUCAGGUGGAAUUCUUUCCCAUUCUUGCUUGAUGUACAGCUUAAGUUGUUCAACAGUCCAGGGGUCUCCGUUGUGGUAUUUUAGGCUUCAUAAUGCGUCACACAUUUUCAAUGGGAGACAGGUCUGGGCUGCAGGCAGGCCAGUCUAGUACCCGCACUCUUUUACUAUGAAAAGUGGCUUGGCAUUGUCUUACUGAAAUAAGCAGGGGCGUCCAUGGUAACGUUGCUUGGAUGGCAACAUAUGUUGCUCCAAAACCUGUAUGUACCUUUGAGUAUUAAUGGCGCCUUCACAGAUGUGUAAGUUACCCAUGUCUUGGGCACUAAUACACCCCCAUACCAUCCAGAUGCUGGCUUUUCAACUUUGCGCCUAUAACAAUCCGGAUGGUUCUUUUCCUCUUUGGUCCGGAGGACACGACGUCCACAGUUUCCAAAAACAAUUUAAUAUGUGGACUUGUCAGACCACAGAACACUUUUCCACUUUGUAUCAGUCCAUCUUAGAUGAGCUCAGGCCCAGCGAAGCCGACAACGUUUCUGGGUGUUGUUGAUAAACGGUUUUCGCCUUGCAUUGGAGAGUUUUAACUUGCACUUACAGAUGUAGCGACCAACUGUAGUUACUGACAGUGGGUUUCUGAAGUGUUCCUGAGCCCAGGUGGUGAUAUCCUUUACACACUGAUGUCGCUUGUUGAUGCAGUACAGCCUGAGGGAUGGAAGGUCACGGGCUUAGCUGCUUACGUGCAGUGAUUUCUCCAGAUUCUCUGAACCCUUUGAUGAUAUUACGGAGCGUAGAUGGUGAAAUCCCUAAAUUCCUUGCAAUAGCUGGUUGAGAAAGGUUUUUCUUAAACUGUUCAACAAUUUGCUCACGCAUUGGUUGACAAAGUGGUGACCCUCGCCCCAUCCUUGUUUGUGAAUGACUGAGCAUUUCAUGGAAUCUACUUUUAUACUCAAUCAUGGCACCCACCUGUUCCCAAUUUGCCUGUUCACCUGUGGGAUGUUCCAAAUAAGUGCUUGAUGAGCAUUCCUCAACUUUAUCAGUAUUUAUUGCCACCUUUCCCAACUUCUUGGUCACGUGUUGCUGGCAUCAAAUUCUAAAGUUAAUGAUUAUUUGUAAAAAAAAAAAAGUUUUAUCAGUUUGAACAUCAAAUAUGUUGUCUUUGUAGCAACUGAAUAUGGGUUGAAAAGGAUUUGCAAAUCAUUGUAUUCCGUUUAUAUUUACAUCUAACACAAUUUCCCAACUCAUAUGGAAACGGGGUUUGUAUACAAGCGGUGACCCAGAUUGUGGAGUUUUUAAAACCCAAAUACUGUAUCUUAUACUGAAUGAAAAUACAUUAAAGUGCAGUUUGAAAUUGAGGUACUGUAAAAUUAUAUAUACCAAAACACAUUAUUUCAAGAACAAAAUGUGUUUUUUUCCCCUGCACAAACAAAAAGAACACAAAGUGUCUCUCUGCAGAGUUUUUAGUACAUGUUAUAUCAGAGGAAUGAAAUCUUUGCAGACACAUAAACAAAAAGUCUGAUUUAAAAUAAUUUAGACAUAAAAAUGUCUUUUCUGAUUAAAUUAGUGGGUGUGUUCAUUCUCCCAGUCGGGACCAAUACAGUCACAUAGACGUUCUGAGUGCCUGCAGGUUUGCAUUCAGGGCAGGAUUACUGGUGAGCUGCAGCAGACAGUGAAACUAAAGUCGCUGCUCCUUUUAAACGUUGUUUCAACUUCUAUGCUAGUGUUAGUCAUAUGUCUUUAUUUUGUUCUUGUUGGCUGCACUUUCAGCUGUGUCAGGGGAAGAGGCACAUCGCUGAUUGGACGUCAAUUACGUCAUGACAAGCCUCACUUUCGCGACGGUGGAACGGGAGGUGGCGCGUACACACGCAAACGUACACAAUCACAGACACACACAGGAUCACGGUCAAUAAAGAUGGAUUGUUCCGUGCAGGAUUAUACCAAGCAUUGUUGCUUCCCUACUGUUGACUACUGCCGUAACUUCUAACAGACAUAAUCGAGUAAAUAUGCUACCAUCUGAUCACUGGGAUCGAACUCAAAUUAAUCACGAUCAUAUAAUCGCCCAGCCCUAGUUCACACUAGCGUAAGUAAAUCCACUAUUUAUUCAAACUUAUAGUGUUGCACAAACGAUUCCCAAACGGUCUUUUUUCUCUCCGCUAUGUGGACAUUUCAUGUAUUUAAUAUUUAAACUGUGCAGAGCCCCUGUUUUGAACUUUUUAAUGAGACUGCUUGGCUUCUGCUGGUCCAGUGCUCCUCAUCCUCAUCCUCCUCCACCGGCUCUCAUAUGGCAUCAUGUAAGUUUUUCAUCCUCCUCCUCUUUGCAGUCACAUCAGGAUGUUACUCUUGUGUAUUGUUUGAAUGCUGGUUGGUUUUGGACGUUUUUUAUGAUUUUUGAGUGAUACCAAGAACUCCACCCCCCGCCCCCUGACGUUUUUCAAACUGCACAUGUUUUAAACUGAUAUUCUCAUCUAGACUGGCCUGAUGGUUAUAUGAUCGUCAUCUUUUAAAUGGUAUCUCCUUUUAAGCCCUCAGUUUGUCAUCUUGUGCAUAGUCUCGCUAAAUGCUACAGUAUUGGACAAAAUGCAUCAUGUGCUAACUCGCCCUGACAGCUCAUAACCUCCCAAAAGCUGUGAGAGGAAAUGCAAGCCAUAUUGAUGCCAAAUGCAGUCAUUUCAGUGAUAUUCUUUAUUCCACAUAGUAGUAUUGAUAAAUAGCGACAACUCUUGUAUUUUCUCUUUUUUUUAUGCUCUAUCCAUCAGCCGCCACAUAACUUCCAGCAUCUGAAAUACAUAACACAUCUGGAUUAUAGCAGUGUUAAUAUGUUUGAAUAAAAAUGUAAUGGGCUA